GCCCCCGGGAAACUUCCGGUUUGUCACAGCUCGUGAUUACCCGUUGAUUUCCGUAAACGAUCGUCUGGCCGAAUAUGGCGAUGUUACGUUUACGAAAGUGUGCGACUCCGCUGUCGUUGUUGGGCAGAAAGGUUUUCGUACCGGAGUCGAAGGCACUUUGUCCAUAUCACGAAAAGGUGGUUGACCACUACGAGAAUCCAAGAAAUGUGGGUUCCCUGGAUAAAAAUGCCAAAAACGUGGGGACAGGAUUGGUGGGUGCACCAGCCUGUGGCGAUGUUAUGAAACUUCAGGUCCAGGUGGACGAAAAUGGAAAGAUUGUGGACGCAAGAUUCAAAACAUUUGGCUGUGGCUCAGCUAUUGCUUCUAGUUCUUUAGCAACCGAAUGGGUGAAGGGGAAAACGAUCGACGAAGCUCUGAAAAUUAAGAACACAGACAUUGCCAAAGAACUGUCCCUUCCUCCAGUCAAACUUCAUUGUUCUAUGCUUGCUGAAGAUGCCAUAAAAGCAGCACUGUCUGACUACAGAAUCAAACAACUGGAUGAGGAGCAGGGUGUGAAAGCCAGCAGUUAGUGUCUAAUUAAGUAAUUUUGAUACUUUUCAGCUUUGGUGGAUGAAUUGAUUUACACAAGGAAUUAUCAAGUUUUCGUCAUCUCUGCAUCAACAGUAUUACAAUCCAAAAAGUCAAUAAACCCCCCUCCUGUAAUACUUUUUUCAGCAUCGGCUUUUAAAAUUCAAGCCAAAAUUCUUGUUUCAGAACACAAAUGGAAGGUUGGUUCUGUUUAUGGCUGCAAUAUGUUCCUUGUUAGUCAUGAUCAAAAUUUGAUGUAAUUGUUGAUUAGGAUAUUUCAGGACUCGUCUGUUCAAAUCAACACAAGGGAAUUCGGCACUAUAACUAUUACACUGCGUGCCUACAAUGGGAAGUUUAAUAUAGUUAUAUAAGCCAGGAAUAAUUUGUUUGCUGUGUUUUUCAUUUUGGUUUUUAUUUUGGCAUUGAAGUUAUAGCUUGCUUACUGUGUAUAUAAACUUUUUGGUCUGUGUGGGAGGAUUCAUUCCACAAAUGGAGUUGUAUAUAUAUCAAUAGCUGAACUACAUGCUGUACAGGGCAAUAGCACAAGGAAACCCAAGGACCAUCCUGUGUGUGUGUGCGCGCAUGUUUCAUUCUUGUAGAAAAAUAAAUGUAAAUAACAA